UUUGUAAUUGUCUCGAGUGUCGUUCUUAAUUAUAAAUUAAGACAAUCCGGUUGGGAGACCUUUGAAAAUCCCGCGUCCAUUAUAAAGUUCUAGGGUCGUAUACAAGCUAAUGUGCCAGCAUAGACCGCAAAAAGUAGCCGUGUUUAUUGUCUUACUGGGUUACAGGUCUCAAGUCUUGUAAGAGGCGCCCGAUAGGUGCGGACUCCUCACCAUGAAUACUCCUCGGGACGUCACAUCUGUUGAUGACAACUUCCAGCCGCUACACAGCGUACUUGGUAGCUUUUCCAUAGAGAGUAUUUUAAACAAGGCGACUUUGGACACCCAAGAAAACAAGCACGAGGAAAGCUCUUCGGAGAAACGAGGAGACGUUAACUCUGGCACCCUGCCUAUGCCAUCCUACAUAUCCUCUUCAUGUGCGCGCGACGAGGCACAAGUACUCGCGAAGGAUGCGGAAGGUGUGAGGAGGCAAUCAUCCUCCAGUCGCGGAGAUGAUACAAAGAAACGACCGCGAACCGCAUUCACAAACGAACAAAUCAAGGAUCUCGAAGCUGAAUUCCAAAAGAGUAAAUACCUUAGCGUGUCUAGACGAAUGGAACUAGCGAAUUCUCUUUCGCUCACGGAAACGCAAAUUAAAAUCUGGUUUCAAAACAGACGGACAAAGUGGAAAAGAAAGAUGGCAGCGGAGAUGGAGUACGCACUAAACGCCCAAGGCUACAUCUUCCCCUCCCACCCCCCCAUGUAUGCGUGUGGAUCUCCUGGGCCUAUGCGAACGUGUAGCCGCGCAAGUCUUGAGAUCCAUGCGCCUUACAGUCGACCUGUGCCGCACACCAGCCAGUACUGUUAUCAGUAUAACUACGCGGCCUUCAUGCCUGGUUACGCGGCUCAACAGCAGGGCUUCUUUACUCCUUGAUCACGCACAAAGAUCAGACAUGUGAUAGUGUAAAUAAAGAAUAAACUACAAGAUUAUCCAAGUA